UGCAAGCAAAGAGCAACGACUAAGGAGGGGUAUUUUUACCACUGAAAGGGGCAUCUGUUAUCCCGUGAACUGGAUGGAUAUACUUGGCAAAGCAGGGACUGUUCUGGUUUUCUGCGGGUUCAGCUUCAUGCUUUCAGGUAAUGUGGAAGGAGCAUUUGACUUGAUACUGAUCAAUUCCCUCCCUACCGUGGCUGAUUCAGAGACAUCGCUGACCUGCAUCACAUCAAGAUGGCGUUCUCGGGACUCAAUCACCAUUGGGAGAGACUAUGAGGCCUUGAUGGGCCAGCACCCGUACCCCCUGGCCAUGGCUGAAGACGAGGCGAGGGGGUCAGCGAAGAAAGUGGUAUGGCCAAGGGAAAAAUCCGGCGAAAGCAUUGGAGCGUAUUUCUGCGAAGGAAAAUUCAAAGACAAAGCAAUGAGGGUACAUACCAUGAAGAUGCAACAAACAGCUACCUUUCUUCCAGUGGCUUUAACCAUUACCACAAACCGCGGAGAACCUGUCGACAUUCCCUUCAUCAGAAAGGUUGUUAAGGAAGAAGAUGCGGUUAUCUAUAAAAAUGGUUCUUUCAUAUCUUCUGUCCUCAGGCACGAAGUCCCAGAAGUGCUAAAAGUGUCCUUGCAGAACGACCAGACUCAAGAUUCAGCAGUGUACUCUGUCAGAUACAUAGGAGGAAGCCACUUCACUUCAGCUUAUACUAGGCUGAUAGUGAGAAGGUGUGCAUCUCAAAAAUGGGGACCCGACUGUAGCUCUCACUGUCCAGAGUGCAAGAACAACGGUAUCUGCCAUGAAGAUACUGGGGAGUGCAUUUGCCCCCCUGGGUUCAUGGGGAAAACCUGCGAAAAGGCUUGUGGAGAAAACAAAUUUGGCAAGGCUUGCCAAGAGAGCUGUAAAGAAAAGUCAGGCUGCAAAUCUUUAAUGUUUUGCCUGCCUGACCCAUACGGCUGUUCGUGUGCCUCAGGAUGGAACGGACUGCAGUGUGAUGAAGAUUGUAAGCCCGGUUUUUAUGGGCCCGAUUGCAAAGUGAAGUGCAACGGCUGCAGCAACCGGGGGACGUGCGACAGCUUUAAGGGCUGCAUCUGCCAUGUGGGUUGGCACGGUCUGGAAUGUGAAAAAGAAGGUGCAGCAGAUGAAUCACCCGAGAUAAAGAACUUGCCUGGUGCUGUGGAACUCAAUGCCGGUUCGGAGUUCAAAUCUAGCUGCAUAGCUACCGGCAAGCCACUUCCUACAAAAGAAGAAAUUAAACUGAUUAAAAAAGAUGGGACGGUCCUUAAGCCUACCCAAGUGGCAAAUAGAAACCAGUCAGAAGCUAUGGAAGCCACAUUUCAUGUUGAAAAAGUGCAGCCUUCUGAUUCUGGAACGUGGGUCUACAUUGUUGAAACAGUAGCAGGCAUGGUGGAACAACCUUUCCAAGUCACAGUUAAAGUUCUUCCCAUGCCUCAAAAAGCUCCAACACUGGUACAAAGAGGACAUAAUUUUCUCGUCAUUGAUACAAAUGCUGAUAUAUAUAGCGGGGAUGGGCCGAUUGUAUCAACGCAGCUUCUCUACAAAACCGCCAAAUUUCAGUGGAAGUCAUUGGAAGUCACUGAAAGGAUCUGGAAGUUAAGCGAUUUGGAACCCAAAACAGAAUAUUCCUUCUGUGUCCGGCUGACUCGCAGAGGAGAAAAGGGCGUGGGGCAUCCUGGGCCAGAGGCCAGUUUCACUACGGCUGCUGUUGGCCUCCCUCCGCCAAGGGGCCUCUCCCUCGUUCCUAAAGGCACGACAGCGCUGACCUUGUCUUGGCAGCCGGUGGGCCAGCAGGUGGGAGAGGACGUCCACCUCGAAGUGGAAUGGAAGAGCGUGGGUGAUAAGAACGGGGGUGUCACCAUGACCCAUCGGCUGUGGGGAAACGAGUCCGCCUUGGUCAUUGACAGUCUAGAGCCCAGGCACCACUACAAGUGCCGUGUCCGCGUGAACAGCAAGUCCGAAGGAGAAUGGAGCGACUAUCUGGACGCGUGGACCUUCAGUGACCAACGUCCCCCUGCACCUGAUAACUUCACAAUUAUAAACGUCACCGACUCCUCGGCUGUCAUCUCUUGGUCGACUGCAGUAGGACAUUCCAUCUCCUCCAUCAUCCUCAGCUACAAAGGCCGUGGCAAGACAGAGCACAACCACAUCGAUGUCACCAUUAAAAACACGACCGUUACCCAGUACCACCUCAAGGGUCUUGAACCAAACACUGAAUAUGUGGUUCAGAUAAGGGCACAGAACAACGUUGGACCAAGCGAUAAUCUUUCGGCUGAACUGAAAACCCUCCCAGAAAUGAAAGUUCCCACUGUUCCAUUUGAGUCCAAAGGAGGGAGGAUGCUACUGAUUGCUAUCUUGGGCUCUGCAGGGAUGACCUGCCUGACAAUUCUGCUGGCCUUUUUCAUCAUGCUGCAGCUAAAGCGUGCAAAUUUCCAGCGGCGAAUGGCCCAGGCCUUCCAAAACGUGGUGAGAGAUGAGCCGGCUGUGCAAUUCAAUUCAGGAACUCUUACUCUGAGUCGGAAAGCCAAAAAUAGCCCAGAACCCACAAUCUACCCAGUUCUGGAGUGGAAUGACAUCAAAUUUCAGGAUGUGAUUGGAGAAGGCAACUUCGGCCAAGUUCUCAAAGCACGAAUCAAGAAGGAUGGCUUGCGAAUGGACGCAGCCAUUAAAAGGAUGAAGGAAUAUGCCUCCAAAGAUGAUCACAGAGAUUUUGCUGGGGAACUGGAAGUACUUUGUAAACUUGGACACCAUCCCAACAUCAUAAACCUUUUGGGAGCAUGCGAACACCGAGGGUACCUCUACCUCGCUAUUGAAUAUGCUCCCCACGGAAACCUGCUGGACUUCUUGCGGAAGAGCAGGGUCUUAGAGACCGACCCGGCCUUUGCCAUCGCCAACAGCACAGCCUCCACACUCUCCUCGCAGCAGCUACUGCACUUUGCAGCGGAUGUGGCCCGAGGGAUGGACUACCUGAGCCAAAAGCAGUUUAUCCACCGGGAUCUGGCAGCAAGGAACAUAUUGGUUGGAGAAAACUAUGUUGCAAAAAUAGCCGAUUUUGGACUGUCUAGAGGCCAAGAGGUUUAUGUUAAAAAGACAAUGGGAAGGCUUCCAGUGCGAUGGAUGGCGAUUGAGUCCCUAAAUUACAGCGUGUAUACCUCAAACAGUGAUGUGUGGUCAUAUGGUGUGCUAUUAUGGGAAAUAGUUAGCUUAGGUGGGACACCAUAUUGUGGGAUGACUUGUGCAGAACUGUAUGAGAAGCUGCCCCAAGGGUACAGACUGGAGAAGCCUCUCAACUGCGACGACGAGGUUUACGACCUAAUGAGACAAUGCUGGAGAGAAAAACCUUAUGAGAGGCCAUCAUUUGCCCAAAUACUCGUAUCACUGAACAGAAUGUUGGAAGAAAGAAAGACUUAUGUGAAUACAACCCUGUAUGAGAAGUUUACCUAUGCAGGCAUUGACUGUUCUGCUGAAGAAGCUGCUUGAGAUGGAAAAUCUUCAGUUAUUUAUCAUUUUGAGCAACCUCGAAGGAAGGUGAAAUGUGCUGAUGUACAAAACUGCGUAGAACGCUUUCUGUACAAUAUCUUAGCUAUAUACACACUUUUUGAGUGAGUCCCGAAUCAGUAUGCUGUAGGAAUGUGUAUGUGUGUGUGUACAUAGGUAUGUUUGUGCGUUUAUGUGUAUUGUGUGCAUGUGCACUAUAUAUGUAUCUAUAUAAAUCUUUUGUCAUACACUUUUUGGAAAGAGAAAGUGACUGAAAUAAAUACAUUUUACAUUUCAUA